CACACACACACACACACACAAAACCACUCAAACACACGAUCCAUCAUGGCAUACCACCGACUGCCGCCCUCCCUCGUUAUCGCCCGUCCGUCUGACGCCCUCCCUGCGCUCAUCUGCUGUCGACGAGAGCACCUGCCACCCCUCCACCUCUAUGACAUUGCCAUUCAUGGACCUCGCCAGAGUGCCGCAGUCGCGCCGGUUCACAUCCCCACGGUAAGCCUCUUGGAGGUGCUCGCCACCGAUGUACUGAUGCAUGCUCCGCACAUCGUUUGUCGGCCCCCGGCAGUCGCUGAGGUCGCUCUUGAUGGAUGUGUGGUCUCCAGCCACCUUUAUCAGCCGUCGUUCUGGCGGCACGGCGAUCUUGAUUGGCGUGUCGAAAGCGCCUCUGAAUGAGAAGAACCAGAGGCGGCACCUGUCCUGGCCUGUGCAUCUGUUGGUCCGGGGUCCUAUGUAGCAGCUGUUGGUCCUAUAUGAGAUGAGCAGCAGCAGGGGAGACGCACUGCCGACUCGCCUGAGCAUGUCCGUGACCGUAAAGCCGUCGCGACUGCCCCUGAGAGAAGAAACAAGAGAAAGAGGGGCGUCCAUCUAGGCUGCUUGAUGGCCCGCUGCGCAUCCGCCCACCACCCCACGCACCUGUACAAUAGCUUGAUGGACUGCCAAUGUCCGAUCCACUUGCGCAAAGCGAGCACCUUAUCUAAGGCUCGGAAACUGCGAGCACACGCCAACCGACACAGAUGAUACCCAACACACGUGGCGCCACGAGCCAUGGAUGGGGUGCCCGCAUACCUUGAGUGUGGCGUCAGAUGGUGUCACCUCCCUCUCGACAGCAAGGGCCUGCAGCCGCUUGUCGGUGUCGCUCUGCGCCGCCUUGACAGAGGCACCCAGGCUAGGCUGGCCAGAUCCCGACGGCCGCGAGCGAUUGGUGCCACUGACCGUCGAAGAUCAAACGCCCAGACGUGCGAGUGACGAAGGCAGCACGAUGGUGUACGUGGUGUGCUCACCUUGUGAAUGAGAAGCCCGCCGAAGAGCAGCACGGUCAGAGGGACCGUACAGUCCAGCCAACCUCCUGCAGUACUGUACACAAACACGGCACCACACCAAGCAAAUCGUCUCUCCGCCUUUCGCACCUCGCCUCACCUCUCCGUUGGGACCAUGGUCUCUCCCAGUGUUUUCCACCAGUGAUUGCCUCCAGGAGCACACGUUGACACCCUUGACGGAUGCCCCGACUGCGGUUCGGCACCGCAGAUCUCAGCACACGACUGAACAUCUGAAUGACGAACGGCGGCAAUACCGGGUGGGACGAAGAUGCC